AUGUUUGUCUUUGUCUUAUUUUUUUAUUAUCUUGAAAUUUGUCAAGGUUUACAACGUCCACUUGUUAUUGGACAUCGUGGCGUAGCUUAUUUACCUGAACUUACAUUAGCUUCACAAUCAAUGGCACAUGCAUAUGGAGCUGAUAUUAUUGAAAUUGAUGUUUGUCUUAGUCGAGAUGAUCAAUUAAUUAUUAUUCAUGAUACUUAUUUGGAUGGCGUAACGAAUGUAAAAGAUGUAUUUCCCAAUCGAAAUCGUACAAAUGGUCGUAAUUAUGUGAUUGAUUUUACUCUUGAAGAAUUACGUAUUUUAACUGUUCGUGAACGAGUAAAUCCAUCAACUAAUGUACAAGUUUAUCCAUUACGUUUUCCUUCAAAAUCUAUUGUACCAUUUCGUCUUUCGACAUUAAAUGAAACAAUUGAAUUAUUACUUGGUCUUAAUCAUGCAACAGGUCGACAACGACAAUUACUUAUUGAAAUAAAACAACCUGAAUAUCAUGUUCUAUACAAUAAAUCAAUAUCAAAAAUUGUAAUCGAAACAUUAAAUGCUUAUAAUUUAACUCGAUCAACUGAUCCAAUUAUUAUUCAAACAUUUAAUAUUGAAGAACUAAUGCAUAUCCGUUAUAAUCUGCAUAGUCAAUUACGUUUAUUUGCAUUAAUGACAGUAUAUCAAGCUGGAGUAUCAGUAAGUGAUUAUGAUUUUUAUCGAAGUGAAGAGGGAAUUCGAAAUCUAUCAAAUACUGUUCAAGCAUUAGCACCUGAUCAUGUGUUAGUUGUUGAUUAUGAUAUAAAUGGUGAAAUUAUGGGUACAAGUAAUCUGACAAAAUGGGCACAUCAAUAUAAUCUUAAUGUUUAUCCAUAUACAUUUCGAAAAGAUCUAUUUCCUGGUUCGAGUUUUGAGAAACUUGUGGAAUAUUUUUGGCAUAUAGCACAAGUUGAUGGUUUUAUAACUGAUCAUCCAGAUGUAAUCCUUCAAUUAUUACAAAACGAUACAACAGUCAAUACAACAUUCAGUACAACAUUGACUACAACAUUCAAUACAACAUCUAGUACAACAUUGACUACAACAUUCAAUACAACAUUGACUACAACAUCCAGUACAACAUUCAGUACAACAUCCAGUACAACAUUGAGUACAACAAUCAAUACAUUCAAUACAACACUCAAUAGGUCAUCUGCUAAUUUCUUACAUUUAUUUUUAUUAAUCAUUACAUUUUUAUUCACUAGUAUAAAAAGAUCAGAACUAUAUUUUUAA